CGGCGCGAGGCCCUGGUGGCCGCGGCGGCCGCCUCGGUGCGCCGGAGCCCCGGGCCCGCGCUGGCGCGCCUCGAGGGCCGCGAGUUCGAGUUCCUCAUGCGGCAGCCCAGCGUCACCAUCGGCCGCAACUCGUCGCAGGGCUCGGUGGACCUGAGCAUGGGCCUGUCGAGCUUCAUCUCGCGGCGCCACCUGCAGCUCACCUUCCAGGAGCCGCACUUCUACCUGCGCUGUCUCGGCAAGAACGGCGUCUUCGUGGACGGGGCCUUCCAGCGGCGCGGCGCGCCCGCCCUGCAGCUGCCCAAACAGUGCACUUUUCGAUUCCCCAGCACAGCCAUAAAGAUCCAGUUCACAUCGCUGUACCGUCAGGAAGAGGCCCCGGCAUCUCCCCUCCGGCCCCUCUACCCACAGAUCUCCCCUCUGAAGAUUCACAUUCCGGAGCCGGAUCUCCGCAGCUUGGUCAGCCCCGUCCCGUCCCCAACUGGCACCAUCAGUGUUCCCAACUCCUGCCCUGCCAGUCCGCGCGGAGCGGGGUCGUCCGGCUAUCGCUUUGUUCAGAACGUGACCUCGGACCUGCAGCUGGCCGCCGAGUUUGCCGCGAAGGCCGCCUCGGAGCAGCAGGCGGACACAUCCGGAGGGGACAGCCCUAAGGAUGAGUCGAAGCCGCCCUACUCGUACGCUCAGCUGAUCGUGCAGGCCAUCUCAUCCGCGCAGGACAGGCAGCUAACACUAAGCGGGAUCUAUGCCCACAUCACCAAGCAUUACCCUUACUACCGGACGGCUGACAAAGGCUGGCAGAAUUCAAUCCGACACAACCUCUCUUUGAACCGUUACUUUAUUAAAGUCCCUCGUUCCCAGGAGGAACCUGGGAAGGGGUCUUUUUGGCGAAUAGACCCUGCCUCGGAAGCAAAGCUCGUGGAACAGGCAUUCCGAAAACGGAGGCAGAGAGGCGUCUCCUGUUUCCGCACCCCCUUCGGGCCUCUGUCGUCCAGGAGUGCUCCCGCUUCACCCACUCACCCUGGGCUAAUGUCCCCUCGUUCUAGUGGCCUGCAGACCCCAGAGUGCCUGUCUCGAGAGGGCUCACCCAUUCCACACGACCCUGACUUUGGGUCAAAGUUAGCUUCUGUUCCAGAGUAUCGGUACUCCCAGAGUGCGCCUGGCUCUCCCGUCAGCGCCCAGCCGGUGAUCAUGGCUGUGCCUCCCCGACCUCCCAGCCUGGUGGCCAAGCCCGUCGCCUACAUGCCAGCGUCCAUAGUGACGGCACAGCAGCCCUCGGGCCACGCAAUCCAUGUCGUGCAGCAGGCUCCCCCCGUCACCAUGCUCAGGGUGGUCACCACCUCCGCCAGCUCCGCCAACGGGUACAUCCUCGCCAGCCAGGCCUCGUCAGGGGGCACCCACGAGGCGGCGGGCACAGCCGUGCUGGACCUGGGCAGCGAGGCUAGAGGCCUGGAAGACAAGCCCACCAUCGCGUUCGCCACCAUCCCCGCCGCCAGCCGCGUCAUCCAGACGGUGGCCAGCCAGAUGGCCCCGGGGGUCCCCGGGCACACGGUCGCCAUCCUGCAGCCGGCCACACCAGUGACCAUCGGGCAGCACCACCUCCCCGUCCGGGCCGUCACUCAGAACGGAAAGCACGCGGUCCCCACGAACAGUUUAGCUGGCAGCACUUACGCCCUCACGAGCCCCCUGCAGCUCCUGGCGGCCCAGGCUAGUUCAUCCACGCCGGUGGUGGUCACGCGGGUGUGCGAGGUGGGGCCCGAGGAGCCGGCAGCAGCGGCCGCCACCCCAGCGACCCCGGCCACUGCUGCCACAUCUGCCUCUUCCACCGGGGAGCCCGAGGUCAAAAGGUCACGCGUGGAGGAGCCCAGUGGAACUGUGAUGGCGCAGGCCGGGGUGAUCGCGGCCGCCGGCCCGCAGGGACCCGGAACCGGGGAGUGAAGUCGCCUGCGUGUGGGCUGAGUGGGAUGCUCACCAAAAGGGAUUCUGGAGCCGGGCCCUGACUGCCGGCCUCCUGCCGCCUGUGGACCGUGACGAGGGGGCACCACGCUGACCUGCGCACGUGCCACGCGUACAGGACGGCCUCCACCUGCCUGCACCCAGACACACUCGUCCUCCUUGUUCUGUCUCCUGCCCCUGCUGUGGUUUAAAACAAAACCCAUAAACAAGUUCAGACAGCUGAUUGUAUGAUUCGGGAAUGCUUGUUUUUAUUUACCUUCUCCCUUGCACCGUUUUCUCUCCCAGGCCUAUGGUCAAGGGCUGGGCCACGGGACGGCCCAGCCACGCACAGAGGCGAGGCUUCCAGAGCGGCCUUCGCCCCCCCGAGGACGGACAGAGGCCGUGCGCGGGAGGGGCCGGCGGUGGGCAUAGGCCUGUCAGCAGCCGAGCGGGAGGAGGCAGGAGAGAGGUGAGAACUGCCAAAGCUCAGACUGUCUUGUGGGGUUUUUGCCCUAAAAUAGCGACAUAGAAAGUCUUGGCAUUAAUCGGGGGGACGGGGCUCUGGUUUGGCUUUGGACCCCAAAUACUUCUUGUUUUAUUGAAACAAAUUGAGGCUUAAUCAUAAACCUGAGACAAACACGGAAGGAAGCUCGUAUCUGUGAGGCCCGCGUCUGUGGACAGGGUCACGCUGUGGGCCUGGGCCGCGUACCAGCGUUAAUCCCGUGAAGGGUCGCUGCUGCUGCUCCGUCUGCUAACUUCAAGAAAGAUCGACAGCCGCCGGGUUGGCGUUCGGGGCGGAGAGCUCUCCGCGUGAGGAGCACGUGGCCCCUCCUCCAGGAAUCGGCGAGCCCUGUGUCCUCUGCGGGCCUGAGGCCCUGGCGCCUGGAUACCAUGGGACGCACAGCGCUUCUCCCACUGCCACUGUCGCCUAGUCACACUUGCUUUACUGCCCAGCACGUACCUCCUGCUGUCCGUCCCACCGUCUCCUGUGCCCGGGGCUCCUGGGCUGUGAGCAAUGGCCACGCUGCCCCUGCCCUUGGCUCCUGCGGACUCUGUUGGCCUGGCCCGCGACUUGGCCGUGUGACCCGGCGAGUGGCACCAGCUCCCUUGGGGAGGGACCCCUGCGCAUGCAGACGCCCCACACUCCCCAUGGAGCUGUUCGCAGAGCAGGAGGUGAGCCCACGCUGCCUGAUUUAUAGCCCAGUUCCGGAUCCAAAUUAUAGUUCUUCAGCUCCUCUUGGAGAACAUUCUCAGGAAAUGUUAAGUGCGUCUGUGAAAAGUGACUUUAAACUUGGCUGGCCGCCCCGGCACUGGACACCACCCAGCACAGCAGCCCCAGGCCCCUCGCAGAAGUCCAGCGGGGACAGUUUUCGUCCUGGAAGUCGCCUGUCCUCAGCAUUAGUCUCCCACCAGCAAAGCUGCCUGCCCCCACCUGCCCCGACGGCAGCACCCACAGGACCGCACAGGCCCUAGAAAGCCCCCAAGAGGAAGAGCAGGCCUCGCGGGCCACGUCAGGUACUGGCUCAGAACUAGAGGGAAACCGUGGAACACAAUCUCGAGGCCGUUGGGGCAAGAUUGGCUUGUAUGGAGAGCGGGCCUCGCCCGCAGCCAGAACUCGGUGGCGGCCGGUGUGGGUGUGACGAGCCGUCUCGCGGCCACGGCUGUCGGUCGCCAGGGACAUGUGCGGAGUGUCCUCCUCCUGCCUGGACUGGGAUGAUGCCUGUUCCGGUGUUCUUCAAGCUCCGAACCAGUAGUUUCUAUGGCACCAAACUUUAAGUGGGAAAAAGCUUUUUUGUGAAGUCCGUACCUGUUGCCUUCAGUGACGUUGGGAUAGUGAUGGCCGGGUGUGCCGGCCUCGGUGAUGAGAAGUCGUGCUCUGUUCUGCAUCGACGUUUUCUGUUGCUUUAUAAACUUUGUCUUUUGCAGCGUCUGGUGUGUGCGUGAGAGGGCAUGUGGGUUGGGUGGAGGCCGUGGCACACAUGGGCAGGUCGGCCCCUUGCCGCGCGCCUGCCUUCAGCUCAGCCGUUGCUUCUUUCCUCCCAUGGUCAUCGUUUACGGGGUCCUUGCGAGGGGGACUGCCCGGGUUUGCCUCCAUAGAAAAGCUGACACCAGCUCCAGAGAACACAGGACAGUCGGCCACGGAUGCAUGUCAGGCCUGAUCAGGUCAGUCUGGCCCUGACCCUUUGCUUUCCCAGCUUUCGAGAUGUUUGGUUUCUGCUUAUUUUUGUGACGAUCGCACUGUAUUCGGGCUGUGGUUCCAGGAGGAGGGAGCAAGGGGAGGUCCGAAUGUGGAUGGGUGCUAUUGUGCCACGUGGAGAGCUCGUGCCUUUUCAGCUCCUGCUGGGACCAAGGAGGAGACCCCGUGGGGUCAGCUUACGCUGGGCCCUGGGGAAGUGGCCACUCCGGGUUCACAGACAGUGAGUUUCUAGAUGGGUUUCUGGUCAUCUGACCACAGAGCAGGCCUGGCUCAGCCGGCUCGUGUCCUGGGACUGACAGCCGAAGGCCAUCACCGGCACCUUACAGCAGAAAGGUCUGUGCUCUUGGAGCCGACCAAGGGAUGGUCUCCCCCAGCCAGGAAGCAAGAGCGCCAGGCCAGACGUGACCCGGCACAAGCAUGGGUCGUAGAGGGUGGGCCAACCCCAGCCAAGAUUGGGAGAAACAGAAAUAAGUCAGUUCUGCACGAUGCUGCUGUCACCAGGGCCUCAGGGGUCCGAGGACCUUCUCUUUGAUCACCCAGGGGCUCGAGCGUGUGUGAAGAGGUCAGCCAGGCCAAAGGGGUGCGGGCUUUGGGAGGGGCCCAUCUCCUCCUGAGGCAUGACCCAGGGCACGCAGGCCCUCUCCACCCAGGUACCAAGUGCCUCUUCUUGGUCUCCUGCUUGACCGGUCACCAUGUUUACUAACACCA